CCUUGGUGCGCGGAGACGGCAUAAACGAGUGCAGCGAUCGGCCGCGUUCGAGCCAAUCGGAUACGGAGAGGGGUGGGACUUCCUGCGCGGGAGCUGGAGCGGUUCGGUGGCCGGUGUCUCCGUGGUCCCGGCUCUCGUGGUGGCGGCGGCGGCAGCCUCUCCGUGAGGAGGCGCGCGGGGACAUGACGUCAGCGUCCACAAAGGUCGGAGAGAUCUUCUCUGCGGCGGGCGCCGCCUUCACGAAGCUUGGGGAGCUGACCAUGCAACUGCAUCCCGUGGCAGAUUCUUCCCCCGCGGGUGCCAAGUGGACGGAAACGGAGAUAGAGAUGCUGAGGGCUGCUGUGAAGCGAUUUGGGGACGAUCUUAAUCACAUCAGCUGUGUCAUCAAGGAACGGACAGUGGCUCAGAUAAAGGCCACUGUGAAGAGAAAGGUGUAUGAAGAUUCUGGCAUCCCACUUCCAGCUGAGUCACCCAAGAAAGGGCCCAAGAAGGUGGCAUCUGGUGUCUUGUCACCUCCUCCAGCUGCCCCUCCACCCAGCAGCUCCGGUGUCCCUGAUGCCGGGGGUCCUCCCAUAAAGAAACAGAAGGCUGAUGUGACAGUGAGUGCUCUGAACGACUCCGACGGCAACAGUGACCUGGUGGAUAUUGAAGGGCUAGGAGAAACUCCUCCAGCCAAGAAACUCAACUUCGACCAGGGUAGGAGUCCCCCUCCUCCCACACCGACUGAUAGGGUGGGGGAGAAAGUACUCACUUGGAUGGGUGGGUCUCAGCAGGGACCUCCUCUCUCCUACAAUGGUUUUGGAAGCAAAGGUGAUUCUCAUACACAGUGAUUGCCGUGGGGAUGUUCUGGAGAGGGGUUAGGUUAGUAGGGAGCCAAGGACUUUGGGGAGCAUGCUUGGAGCACCUUCCAUCUCCGCCCAUUUUACUUCCUGUUCCAGACAGCCUGACUUUGGGUUCUGGCCUUCUCAUGACCUCCACUGAUCCUGUUCUACUCUCUUGCUGAAACAUCCAUCUCUGACCCCUGUCAUUGUUCACCCGGACCUGUGGAUCGCCUGGGACUCUGACCAAGGCCUGCAUGAAAGAAAGUCAAAAGACUUCUGGGACUAUCUACCCUGCUUUUCUGCCCGCUGACACCCCUUUGACCUCCAUCGUUGGAUAUUUUUAUAAAGAAAACAAUAAAAUAUUUCCCUCCCUG